AUGAGUCGGCUGUCGUCUUUGUUGCUCUGCGCCGCGGUCCUGCAGCAGGUAGUGACGUCACGGGCCUUGACUUGCUACUACUGUCAAUUCGACCGCAAAGGGAGAGGCUGCAGCAAUUUGCAGAGUCAGUGUGUAAGCGGGGGGGCCUGCUUCACAGGGGCCGGGCUGUACGGCGGGCUGGAAGUCCUGAAGGGAAAAGGCUGCGUGGACAAGGAGCUGUGCAAUGACCUGGGCUCCACUGACUUCAGGGGAGUCACCUACACGGUGAAGUACGACUGCUGCAGACACGACCUCUGCAACAGCCGCAGCGAGCCGUCCGCCGGCCCGUCCCGCGUCACUCUGCUGAUGGGUGUCGGGGUCGUUCUCUUGAGAACUUAA